AUGCAACCACCUCCCAGCGGCCAGCCCUCGCAGGCGGCGGCGCCGCGCUACGGAGCCAGCUUCGAUCCAUGGAACUCGUCCUCAACGGGCCAUCAGCGGCCGGAGAACACGCCGGGUAUCGGGUGGCGCGACUCCCGCAACCGCAAGCUCAACAGCCAGUUCGGCGGCGGUGUCUCGUGCGGCGCCGGGUCCGAGGACUGGGAUGACAAGCACAAGACGCUGAUCCCCAAGGCCGUGCGGGAGCGUGCGCAGCGCAGCGUGAGGGACAUGCUCGUGCAGCCGGGCAAGAUGCGCGAGAGCCUGGCCAAGGAGUCAUCUAACGAGUCUUCUAAGGAGUCCUCCAACGAGUCCCUCGCCGACGGCAGCGAGGCCAAGAAUUUGACAGGCGAGGAGGCGUUGAUGGAGAAGCGCCGACUGCAGGAUCAAGACCACAACGACCGAAUGCGUACCCGGGGUCUCUUCGACGGCGUAGUAGUCUACGUCAACGGCAGCACGUUCCCCCUCGUAUCGGACCACAAGCUGAAGCACUUGCUCACCGAGAACGGCGGCCAGAUGUCACUGCACCUUGGGCGGCGGCGGGUCACCCAUGUUGUCAUCGGGCGCCCCGCUGGUCGAGGAGCUGCACCAGGAACAGGAGGAGGACUAGCUGGAAGCAAACUGGACAAGGAGAUCAAGAAGAUUGGAGGAGCUGGGGUCAAGUUUGUUGGGGUUGAGUGGGUUCUCGAAAGCCUCAAGGCAGGUAAGAGGCUGCCCGAGACUCGCUUCUCAAACAUGAAGAUUGCACCCAAGGGACAGAGCAGCGUCCAUGGACUCUACCAUAAACAACACCAAAAGACAUAA